AACUGUUCAGCAAUAAUGAAUUUUCGUGUAACUGUCAAGCAGUGACUCAAUAACGCGCUACAAAGUCGCAACACGGCGCAGACGUUGACGAGCUCGAUUAUCCAUCAGCUGCGCUCGCGGGCUGGUGCUGUCCUGCAUGGGUUCGCUCAAUCAGGUCGACCUUUUGCGUGAGGAGCACCUGAAACUACAGACAAAGUAUGAGCAAUUGCAACAGCAGUAUGCUUUUCUACAAGCGAAAGUCGACCCAGGACAAUGCCCUGAAGCUGGAUCACUUGCUGGAGAACUGUUUGUCACCAUGAGGACUCUGUUCGAGCACCAUACUUUCAGUGACAUUGUCAUUCGCAUUGGCAACCGGGAACUGAGAUGUCAUAAAUUCCUUCUAACGACGAGGAGCAGUCACUGGAACGAUCUCGAAAAUGUGGGCCACAUCACAAUACCAGACGUUAACUACGAAGCAUUCGAGUUGGUCUAUCGGUGGAUGUACACGGAUGUGCUCCCUCGAUCAAAUGUAUCCCAGGAAUUGUUGAGAGAAGUGUGCCACAUUGCGUUUCGAUACCACUUCAAAGGCUUGCAAUCCAGGUGUGUACAACAUCUGAAAGCACGCGUAGAUGUUAGCAGCUGUAUAUCACUUUAUGAAUUUGCUGACACCGAGGAUAUAGGCGAUUUACGUGAUUAUUGUGGAGCUAUCAUUGCUGCUCACUGGAACGAGUUUGUUCCCCAGCAGUUUGCUCAUCUUUCAGCACCUUCACUCUAUCAACUUCUCAAAAGGAACUCGCAUCAUAUACUACACUCGAUCGUCCAGCUCAACCGUGAAGAUGUCCUUCUCUUAUACUUCAUUGAGAACGACUCAAAGGUUCCCAUCUUGGUAAAUGCUCUCGAUCAAAGCGGCCUUUCACCUUUGGAAAUUGCGCUCUCCUCUGGUCAUAUAAAUAUGGCUAACCAACUGUUGUCAAAGAACGCUAGCUGCAACGUGAUAGAUGGAUUGGGCAAGUCCAUUCUUGUGCGAAUGAUUGAAAAAGGGGAUGCGCUAGCAUGUGAAUUCCUAGCGUCUGCGGGGGCGGAUCUCGCAUUUGUUCAUGAGAAAACGCGAUCGAAUUUACUUCAUUUUAUUGCUGUUUCUCCCCUUAAUCAAGCUGCUAUGGCCGAGUGGGCUGAAUCGCGUCUCAGAGAGAUGAGCAUGGAUGCGCCGGAUUACAAAAACAGAACAGCCGUACUUCUCAGUAUCGCUAGCGGGAACUUUCCUCUGGCAAACACACUCAUUGUCAAUGGAGCCGAUUUGGUCAAGUCUGAUGUCGAUGGAAGAUCCCCUCUUUCUGUCGCUCUUUUUGAAAGAAACGAUCUUGAUCUUGCGGCAACUAUCGUUGGUCAUGGUGCUACGAGUGUCGUCAAUCAUCGCAUAGAUAAAGAGUCGCUGCUUCACAUCGCCGUUAAUAGAGACAACUUCGAUAUCGCAAAGUUUCUUUUGGAAAAUGGAGCAAAUGUUGAUGUCGAAGAUAAGAAUGGUGCUUCUCCACUAGAGGUUGCUGUGCGUCAGAAUAAUGCAGGAAUGGCCAGUCUCUUAUUGGAGCAUUGUGCUAGCGUGGACAUCUCGCAGCAGAGGAAGGAUUCCAUGCUUCAUACUGCCGUUUCUAAAGGCGCUCAGAUGAUCAAGGUUUUUGCUGAAAAAGCAAAAGGGAUUGACUGGACAGCAUCUAAAGUCCUCGAAUAUGCCCUCGAUGAGAAAGCGCUGGAUUGCGCAAAAAUAAUAAUUGGAGCCGGUGCUCAGAUUGAAGAGAGGAAUCUGGAUGAUAACACACUAUUAAUCCAGCGCAUUCUUCUUUCUGACGAUGCAGGGGCUAGAUUUCUCAUAGAACAAGGAGCAAAUCAUCUUGCAAGGGAUUCAAAUGGGCGAAGUUGUUUCGAAUUAGCCGCAACUUUUGGUCUUCUUGAUACCCUUCGUGUCAUAUGCGGUCUUGGAGUGAAUAUCAAUGAACGUACUGAUGGCGGCCUUGGAUAUACGGUAUUAGAACGUGCACUUACUGAAGGUCACUACGACUGUGCCAAAAUGCUCGUUUCGCUAGGGUGUGAUGUGGAGAGUGUCACUGCUGACAAUUCGUAUAUUCAGUCUGUGCUUCACCAUUUCAUUGACGCUUGUGAUGAAAAAGCGGCAAUCUUCCUUGUACAGAAUGGCUGUAAUGGCAACGCUACCAGAGUAUCUCGUGACCCUGGCGAGGGAAGAGAAGAACCAGCCUUGCACAGAGCGGUAUCAUCGGGUAUGAAUAAACUCGUUGCUGCACUGGUGACAUCCAAAGUUAAUUUGGUCCCUCAGGAUGCUCAAGGGCGUACAGCAUGUCACGUAGCGGUUCAAGAAAAGAACGCGGAGGCCCUGGCGGAGCUGUUGAGAGCAGCGGAUGUCAGUUUCCUGUCUAUUCGUGAUAAAAUAGGCCAGACUCCUUUUUCCCUGGCUGUCGUCAUGAAAGAAUAUUCGCUGGCAGCCGCGAUUGUACGGAGACAACCUCAUGUAGCUUUACAAACGAACGGAAGUGGCGAGAAUCUGCUGCACACAAUGGUGAAGACAAAUGAUCUCGAAGGCGUGCUAUUCCUACUCAGUACUCAUACGGACGCAACACGCGUUACCAUUGAUGGUUCCAGACAAAGCGCGUUACAUUAUGCUGCUAAUGUUGACAAUGAACUGAUAAUGCGGAAUUUGAUUCUUGCUGGCUGUGAUGUGGGUGCUAAAGCAGCAGACGGCAACACUGCCUUGCAUGUGGCUGUUCGAGCAGAUCGGGCCUGUCAUGCUGAAAUACUACUCGAAAAUGGGGCAGAUCCUAAUGUUGUCGAUGACAGAGGUGAAAAUGCUCUUCUUUGCGCAGUCCGAUCCGGCAGUAUUAAUUGCGUCAAAGUAUUGACUGCGAACGCAAGUGUUGAUGGAUUGUCUACGAAUAAAAAUUCUCAAACGGCUCUUCAUCUUUGUUCCACCCUAACAGCAGAGAAGGUUCGGCUCAAGAGCUCUCCAGCUGAUAUAUGCGAUUUAUUACUAAGGCGGGAAGCAAACCGACUUUUGGAGAAAGAGUUUGGUGCUUAUGUUGACCAGCGUGACGCCGACGGAAAUACUGCUUUACUGUUGGCUUACAUGGCUGGAAAUGGUGACGUAUGCCGAUGUCUUCUUCGAGCUGGUGCCACAAUGGGUGCGAGGAAUGCCGAUGGUGCUACUAUGUUCACUUAUGAGACACCUACAAGAUUAUUGCUGUUCAGACUACUAGAUUCGCUAGAGCGAGAACCACGAUGGUCAGAUGGCGAUGUUUGUGACUGCGGCGUUCGUUUCUCCAUCACAGUCAGGAAGCAUCACUGCAGGCACUGCGGAAGGCUUGUUUGUGCAAAAUGCUCUGAAGUGACAAUGCCGAUAGCGAAAUUUGGUGAAGAGAAAAGAGUGCGCGUUUGUUCUUUAUGUGCGGAAGUUCUCACUACAGGAGGAAUUCGGUAGCGUAGAAUACCUAUGUGAAGUGCCUGUUUGUUUGUCACAUCUAUCUCCAUUUCCAGGACAUAAUACUUAUCAUUAGAUCUUUAUCAUACGUCAACAUGUUUGAUUAUUAAACAGUCUCCCUUUCCCCUUUACAACUUUGCACUUUCGAUGCUACGGUUUGCUUUUUUCAGUCUUACUUAUCGUAUACGUGGUUAUUUUGUGAUAUUUCAUUCCUUCCCUAAUUUAUUACAGAAUCAGAUUUUACUUUCUAUCAUCUUGGAUUAGUAAAGAUAUUCUACUUUGCUUAUGUUCCACACAUUCAGGC